CAGAGAGCGAGAGAGAGAGAGAGAGAGAGAGGGAGCGGGGGGAGAGAGACAUAGGGACACACUGAGAUUGCGACCGAGAGAGAGCGAAGGAAGGAGAGAGAGAAGCUAAACAGGUGGUCUGGAAACACACAGAAAACAAUGUCGUCCGGCGGGGAGAGGCGGAGAGACCUUUAGUCCUCGCUCCCGUGGAGGGGGAAUACUACACUGGGACCGACCGACCGACCGGCGAGCCGAACCGAACAACACAAAAAAACCCCAAAUGCUCCUGUGUUCUGUCCCCACGCGGAUGAUCUCGCCUCUUCCUCGGUUUUACUCCGAACCCGGCCAAGACCUCGGGAUUCUAAAACCAUGAAAGUCACGGUGUGUUUUGGCAGGACCCGGGUGGUGGUGCCGUGCGGGGAUGGGAAUAUCAAAGUGCACACGCUCAUCCAGCAGGCUGUCAUGAGAUACAAGAAGGCUAUCGCGAAGGAUGCCAGCUACUGGCUGCAGGUUCACCGGUUGGAGCACGGUGACGGCGGCAUCCUCGACCUGGAUGAUGUACUCUGUGACGUGGCCGACGACAAAGACAGGUUGAUAGCAGUGUACGACGAACAGGAGCCCCAUCAUGGAGGCGACGGUACCAGCGCCAGCUCCACCGGGACCCAGAGCCCCGACCUGUUUGCUGCAGACCUCAGUGCUGGAAGUGGAGCCUCGGCCUUCCAACCCUACCAGGCCGCCAGUGAGAUCGAGGUCACGCCUUCUGCCCUGCGAACCAAUAUGCCCCUCCACGUCCGGCGCAGCAGCGACCCUGCCCUGCUGACCAUCAACGGGCCAUUUACCGGCACCGAUUCCAGGGCCCAAACGGAAGAGCCGCCGUCGAGGAAGAACCCAACCCGCUGGUCCACUACUGCCGGCUUCCUGAAAGCUCGCCACGCCUCUGGCACCAACAGCCUCGAGAGGAAGGGUAAAGGUACCGACACGUACCGCAGUCUCCCGCGGGAUGCAGGGACAUGGGCCAAUCAGAGGGAGUUUCAGAGAGAGACUGCUCGUUCAUCACUGAGCGCCAAUCAUCCCAUGGUGGACCGCUGGCUAGAGCGACAGGAACAGGAUGAAGAGGCCAGAGAAGAGGAGAACGGCAGGAUCGAGCCGGUCGGUCGAGCCGACUCCUGCAUGGACCACACCCCCGUGAGGUCGCUAGAAGACAUAGUCAAACUGGUGGAGGUGUCAAACGAUGGUGGGCCCCUGGGAAUCCACGUGGUGCCUUUCAGUGGCAGAGACCGCAGGACUCUUGGCUUGUUGGUCAAGCGUCUGGAGAGGGGAGGCAAGGCCGAGCAGCAGGCCCUCUUCCAGGAGAACGACUGCAUCGUCCGUAUCAAUAACGGAGACCUGCGAAACAUCCGCUUUGAACAAGCCCAGAACAUGUUCCGUCAGGCCAUGCGCUCUCCCGUCAUCAUGUUCCACGUGGUGCCGUCAUCGAUGAAGUCCCACUACGAGCAGCUGUCCCACGCCGAGAGGAACCCGGCGUACUCCUCGGGCCGCUUCAGCCCCGACUCCCUGAGCGGCAGCACCGUCUCCGGCAUCGAACACACCCCGCAGAGGAUGUCCCGGCACGGCUCCCAAACUCACCCGCACUCGCAUCCUCAUCCUCAUCCUCAUCCAGAACAGACUGAAGGCUACCCACCUAUGAAUCACCCGGCAGUCUCUGCUGCCAAGCCUCCAACAGGGCACACCCACUCACCUCAGAGGGCGCUUACGUCGACACCAACUGGAGGAUUUACCAAAAAAGUGGGGAGGAGGCUCAACAUCCAGCUAAAGAAAGGUCCCGAGGGGCUCGGCUUCAGUAUCACAUCGCGGGAUGUUCCAAUCGGCGGCUCGGCACCCAUCUACGUGAAGAACAUUCUGCCUCGGGGGGCUGCCAUCCAAGAUGGCCGCCUCAAGGCAGGAGACAGGUUGCUAGAGGUGAACGGCGUGGACCUGAAUGGUCGGACCCAGGAGGAGGUGGUGUCUCUGCUCCGGGCCACACCAAUGGGCGGAGCUGUGGGGCUGCUGGUUCUACGGCAGGAGGACACUUUCCUCCCCCGCGAAGUGAACGCUGAGCCCCAGAUGCAAUGCCCCCGAGAUGUGCAUCCAAGGCAGCCAGUGACAACCGGGAAACCCCAUUGGCUGAUUGAGAAGACGGAGGAGGAUGACUUGGUCCUGACACCAGACGGAACCAGAGAGUUCCUGACUUUUGAGAUCCCCCUCAGUGACUCGGGUUCAGCCGGGCUGGGCGUGAGCGUCAAAGGGAACCGCUCCAAGGAGAACCACGCUGACCUGGGCAUCUUCGUCAAAUCCAUCAUUAACGGGGGAGCAGCCUGCAAGGACGGGCGCCUUCGAGUGAACGACCAGCUGAUCGCCGUCAACGGAGAGUCGCUAUUGGGCAAAACCAACCAGGACGCCAUGGAGACGCUGCGCAAGUCCAUGUCCACGGAAGGCAACAAACGUGGGAUGAUCCAGCUCAUUGUGGCCCGACGGGUAGCAAAAAGGAAUGAGGAGGCACCAGGUAGCCCGCUGGGACCUCAGACCAUGAACACCCACCUGGACGACCACGAGCGCAGAAUCUCCCACUCCUUGUACGGUGGCCUGGAGGGCCUUGAUGACAACCUGAUGCCACGCCAAGGCAUGAUGCCACGCACAAUAGGAAACUAUCAGCUCUCGCCGACCGUCAACAUGCCUCAGGAUGACACUGUGAUCAUAGAGGACGACCGGCCGCCCCUCCUCCCGCCCCACCUCUCCGAUCAGUCAUCGUCCAGCUCCCACGACGACGUGGCCUUCACCGCUGACAUGACACCGCCGUGGGCCAAGGAGCUGCCCAAUCAGAAUGACAACGCCACGAGUCCAGAUGAAAACAACCCAGACGCCGCUUUUCAAAGGGAAGGCUUCGGACGCCAGAGCAUGUCGGAGAAACGCACCAAGCAGUUUGGAGACGCCGCUCAGCUCGAGAUCAUCAAGACACGCAAGUCCAAGAGCAUGGAUCUAGUAGCCGACGAGAUUAACCUCACCCCUCGUCCCGAGAUCAACACAGGUUCCUCCACAAAGGACGUGGGACCGUCACUGGGCUUAAAGAAGUCCAGCUCUCUAGAGAGCCUCCAGACGGCUGUUGCCGAGGUAACCCUCAACGGGGACCUCCCCUUCCACAGGCCGCGCCCCCGCAUCAUCAGGGGGCGGGGCUGCAACGAGAGCUUCAGAGCAGCCAUCGACAAGUCCUACGACCGACCGGCUGCAACGGAAGAAGACGACGAGGGCAUGGAGACAUUGGAGGAGGACACAGAGGAGAGUUCACGAUCGGGGAGAGACUCCGUGUCCACGGUGGCCGACCAGACUCCGCUAUCCGGCUCCGAAAAACCCCUGGUCAACGGCACUAAUCGCACCAAAGAGGAGAAGAAGAAAGACAAAGAGAAGGCAGGGAAGGAGAAGAAGAAGCAGCAGGACGGAGGGAAGGAGAAAGACAAGGGAAAGGCCAAGAAGGGCAUGCUGAAAGGCCUCGGGGACAUGUUCAGGUUUGGGAAGCACCGUAAGGACGAGCGGCCGGGGGAAAAGAUGGAUCGUAAAGGCUCCAGCAAGUGGAGGCUGGAGGAGACGCAGGUUUCAGAGGAGGAGACGCUGAGGAUGAGGAUGGAGCAGGAGAGGAUCCAAGCCAAGACCAGGGAGCUGAGGGAGCGUCAGGCCCGGGAGCGAGACUACGCCGAAAUCCUGGACAUACGCACGCCGGAGAGGUCGUCCGAGGAGGAACACCCGUACGCGGGCAUCAACGCCCUGAACAGCUCCGUGGACAGCGGGCACAGCCGGCCCCACAGCCCCCGAGACGAUUACCCCCACAUCCAUCCGCACCACCAGCACCAGCACUCAGACUCCCUCUACACCCAAGUCAGCAAAGCCCGCAACGACCGGCCUCCGUCUGCAGACAGUAACCGGCUAACCCCUAGCAACCACGACCGGAUACAGAGGCUGAGGCAGGAGUUCCAGCAGUCCCAAAACGUCCCGGACGACCCCGACGACCGCAGGAGGACCUACAGCUUCGAACAGCCCUGGUCAAACACCAGCAGCAACGGUCCGGGCGGGUACAGCCAGCCGGGUCGCCACUCGGUGUCGGUGGAGGUUCAGAUGCAAAGGCAGAGACAGGAGGAGAGGGACUCGUUCGCCCAGGCACAGCGACAGUACAGCUCCCUGCCGCGGCAACCCAGGAAGAACCCCAGCUCCAUCUCCCAGGACUCGUGGGACAAGGCGUACCCACCUGGCGAGGGCUUCCAGACGGCGAAGGACAACCCCAGGUACUCCAGCUACCAGGGCUCCAGGAAUGGUUACCCAGGCGGUGGCGGGGUCAACGCUAGAGUCCUCCUGGAGGCCCAGGAGCUCCUGAGGCAGGAGCAGAGGCGCCGAGAGCAGGAAGCCAAAGGGAAGUUGAUGCAGGAGAGCACCAGCAGCUACGAGGGGUACUCCACAGCGCACCUGAAGGACCCAGCAUCCCCCAAGGGUCCGUACCGCCACGAUGUGCCACCUUCGCCUUCGCAGUUAGCGAGGCUCAAUAGAUUGGGGUCAGAGAAAGGAAGACUUUUUUAUUCUUGAGGAGUAUCGUUGGACUGAUUGAUGAAGAACUGAACAGAGAACUUGCGGAUCAGGAGCUAAAGGGGAUUACCUUCGAGAAACGGCAAAAGUGGACGAUGCAAAUCACGACAAAGGGACAACCUAGAGGUCUUAUAGCUUAGCGAUGAUCUUAGAGGUGAACAGUUGUGAAGUAUACUCGGUAUGUGGGUGUUUGUGUUCAAUCCCUCGCUGUGCUGAUGACCUAUACCAGUAGUCAGUCCCUCCUACAGACAUGUGACGCUCAGUGCCUUCUCCGCAUUCACAAACACGAUGCUUGUUCACAGGCGUCCAGGACUCUGAUUCAUCGCGAUCUGGCACCGUCACGUACUGACAAUCAAAUGGGCAGACAGGCGAGUGAGUGGGCGUUCUUAUGAGCCCAUGGGGAGGCGUAAGAUUCUGUGUGGGUUUUCUGCGUGUGGGCAUGUGACGAGGUACACGUUUCACGACCGCGUUUGUCCGUCUUGGCUUUUUACAAAGUGUCCCAGGGACGACUCUUGUCACAGGUCACACGCCAUUCUCCCUUCACGCCAGUAACAUCCGACCCCUGCCGAUGCUGCCGGCGUUCUGUUUUCUCUACUUCAAGUGUUUUCUCUCACCGAUCGAGCUCUCUCACUUGAGCACUCCCCGGGGAGCAGAGAAAACAAGGCAAAGUGUAUGAAAGAAGCAGGGCACAGUGUGUGUGUUAUUAAUAAAAAAACAAAAAAAAGCCCCCUUCAUAAAUGAUUCAUAUCGUGUGUUAUCUCCAUGGAGGAGACCCAGGCAGAGAGGGUAGACAGCUCUGAUCCUCUGCCUGGCCCCCCUACACCGCUCUGGGCUUGUUUCCCUGGCCCGCCUGCCUGUCUGUCUGGAGCUCUGGCUUCCAUCCUCCUCUCGCUCUCGUCGUCUCUCUGUUCAUUACUUUCCUUUCUUCUACCUCAACACCCCCACCUUUACGCUCCUCUACACUCUGCUCAUCUCCCACCUUCCUCUCAUCUCACCCCUCCCCUUCCCCCCUCUUACUCUUCCUCCUGCUACCCACUACCACCCUCCUCCUCCUCCUCCUCCUCCUCCUCAUCGUCUCCCGAGUCAGGCGCUGCACUGAAUUUUUCAUCACAAGCCACCUGCUGCCUGCCAGAGCCAAAGAACGCUGCCACCAGAGGCACCGACAGAGGGCCCGGCUUCUGACAUAAAAGGAGGAAUAAAAGCAAAUAAAAGAGCCAGAAUAAAGAUGGGUAGAGAGACAAUAAGCCUCCCAGUGUGAGAUUAACCGGAGCUUUUCUCCCAUUUCUUUUUUAACAAAAAGCGAAAUUGUCCUCAAGAGGUAAUUGCUUUCAAUGGGCUGUAAUUGCUUUCUGUAUUUUUUUACCUUUUUAAGCUGUCACUCCUCUCCAGGAUUUUCUUAGAACUGCUUUCUUCCAAAGAAAUGGUUUAUAUAAAAAUAUGACCAGUAAAGGCCCGGUCACACUUGGAAGUGGUGCAUUGAUAAAAUUGAGGAUUCACUCUCACACAGCCAGCCACAACAAUGCUGGUGCUGGCCUGCAGUCAGUUAGCAAACAUGUUCUUUUGGUUGCUUACAGGUCAACAACUCUGCAAGGUUUAGCCAGAUUGCUUUUGGUCAACAGCAAAAGUUCCUAAAGACGAGUUUGAUUGUUCUUUUUAAAUAUCUAUGUGACUUGUCCUUGGAAACAUUUGUUCCUGAUGAGGCUUCUAUUAAAUCUACUUAUCACUGCCGUGAAGGACCUCCGUUGUAUUGGAAUGGAGACAAAUCUUGACAAAUAAACACAAAAACUAGCUGCAUAACUCAUUCACAGAAUCAGAAUCAAUUUUGGAAAUGCGUGUUUCUGCAAACUACAGAUACGCUGAACUUUAACUUUUCCUUGUGCUGCAACUAACUGUUCACUUUUCAGUUUGGUUUUGUGACGCUGCUGUGCUCGAGGUCUGAUUAGCACAAAAACAAUUAAGUCAGGUUUGGGGAAAAGAUCCCAUUCAGGCUCAAAAUACCUGGUUUUGUUGCCACAAACAAGUCUGGAAAUUGUCGAGCGGUGUCGCACUUACAAAUGUUGAGACGCUUUUAAAAUAUGAAACAUAUUACAGAAAUGUGGAUAUGAUUUGUAUGACACAGACAAACGUGAAUGUAUUCGUGGUUUGCAGAAACUUUAGUUACCAACAUGUUAUUCAGGCGACACCACUGGAGGUGAAAACACUUUUUUUUUUUUUUGUCAUUUUGAUGAACUGGCCCUUUAAGCAGGUGACGUUCUGAUUGUAACUCGCAGCACCAGUGGCUUGUUCCAUCAUGACUCGAGAGUAUCUCCAUCCCAAUCAAACUCUACAGCUGCUGAUUAGCACAUUUCUUUCACCCGCAGAGGUGGAAGUAAUCAGUGAAACCAGCUGCUGGAGUUGUAGGUCUGAGUGAAGACCUUGGGCGUUGAUGACACGCGCUUAAAUCACCGCCGCGGCCCACCAGCCCACGACUGUAAUUACUGCAGUAGGUGGCAACCGAUCCUCUUAGUCUGCACCCACCCUUCUUUGACAUCACUAAUGUUUGUGACAUGAUUGUUUCUGCCUGCAAACGAACAAAUGAGAUCGAGCCGAGGUCGAAUUUUUUUAAACAGAAAGGGAAAAUAACAGAAUAAAAAAUGAAAAUAAAAAGUAGCCGUCAUCAUCAUCACGCUGUGGGAAACCAGCAGCCGGUACGUAAUUGCCCUUCACUCCUACACAUUCUCCAUAUGCAGAGAGAAGCUGCAUGACAUACAUUAUCUCCUGCUGGUUAAUGAAGACCCUCGCUGGGAGAGACGCAGGCUUUAGGUGAGGGUAAUAAAUGAUCAACGGAAGAGGAAGAAUAUGAAGGAGAAAAAGAAAAAGGACUCUGCAGUGGCAUUAUUCCAGAGUGUAAACCUGAGGAAAGUUCACAAUCCUGCUCCUGUUGUUAAGCUAAACUGAAAUGUUCUGCAUAAUGUAUGUACCUGUGUGUAACAACACAAACACACUGUGGUCUCCUGCAGGUGUGUUGUGAAAUCCACUCUACAGUGGGAAGGAUGAAAACUGUUACCAAAAAUAAAGAUAGACGCUCUCCACUCUGAAUGGUUUUUAGUACAAAAAGGUGUUUGGUUGUAGCGGCCAGCGCUUCCUGCUGUGAACACGAGUGCGGCUAGCACAUUUCAGAAGGAUGUAAAUAACCUGAGCUCUGCACGUCAUGGACUAGUUAACGGGGUCUGAGAUCAAUAAGUGCCUGAGAUAAUAUCCCCCAUAUUUUACACAGAGAGGGACACGAUGUGAUUUGUUUGUCGGUGACACUACAGCACACACGAGGACUGCAGUGUGUUUUUAAACGGUUUUAAUAUCAUCGUAUUAAAAUGUGUCAUCUUUGGGGUACUCCUUCCUGAAACAUUUAGGUUUUUUUUGUUUGUUUGUUUUUUUUUUAAUUUACGAGAGCCAACACUUAACAAGCGGUUAUCAGUGUAUUCGUAUCCCGUUUGACAUUGCCUUCAGCCACGCUGUACCAUGAUGUGUUUUUAAAGUAUCGAAAAGAAAAAUGGAAGCUGAUGGAGGAUGAUGUGCAAUUGUUUUUGUUGUUUUGUUUUGUUUUUUUUCCAGAAAACUUUUACAUGAUAUAUUAAGAAAUGUAUGCAGCCACUUUUCCUGUACAUAUCAAAUUUAGAAUAAAACGGACGGCUGUUCCAUCCUGUUUACAACC